AUGCCUUCCAGUCCGCCGCCGGACGGCGGCAACGCCAACAAAACCUCAAUAAAACCCGUUUCCCUCUCGCUGGGAUCCUCAAAAAAGUUACCCAUCAAAAAACCCGUGUCUAGCCACACCCUUGCGCGCCGGCCACAUCAUAAUCUGCCAUAUCACCAUGACUCUGACUCCGAUGAUAACGGUGGCGAUAGCGAGCCUGCAUUUCAGUCUGUUACGGGCUUCGACACUCUCACGGGCAGGACGUUAGACGCAUCCGGUGCGGAGGAAAAGAAGCCGUUGACGAUUCCUGUGGCGAGCGGUAAUAACUGGCGUGAUCGGCCGGGUGUUAUUCGGAGGUCGAAGGGAAAAAACUUACUGCCGAAGGAGGUACAGGCGUUGCAAGAGGCACAGAGUAAGGGAGAGGUCCCGGGGGACGGGGAUGCUGUGGGGCCGAGUAUGCAGUAUGGGUUGAGCUUUGCGAAGCAGCCUCAGAAUGAUGGUGGUGACCAGAAGAUGGAAGAUGCGGCGCUGCCGGCUGUAGAGGCCGCUGAAAAGGCGAAACCGCUUACGGAGGAUGAGAUUGCGUUGCAGGCACUUGUGAGAGAGAGUAGAGGCGAGGUGGAGGGGAGGUCGGAUCUUGUCAUAGAGUCUACGCGAGCGGGAGAAGGGGAGGCGGAGGAAGAUGUCAACGAGUUCUAUGACGGUCAUAACAGCGAGACGAGAUCUUUCCGGGCAGAUGUUGCGGCGAGACCUGAGUCCGCGACGCUGGAGCAGUAUAAUACCAUCCCUGUGGAAGAGUUUGGCGCUGCUCUUCUGCGUGGUAUGGGCUGGAAAGAAGGGCAGGCCGUUGGGAAGGGAAAAUACGGCAGCGCAGACCCCAGCCGGGCAUCAACGCCUCAUAUUCCUGCUCGUCGGCCUGGCUUUCUAGGAAUAGGAGCCAAGGAUGUCUCUAAUGGAAAGGCGGAGGUUGAACUUGGUGCCUGGGGCAAGGCAGCUAUGCGCAAAGGAUCCAAAAAAGCUGGGGAGGCCACAAAGAAUGGUGAAGGAAAUACAGAGGGCAUUUACAUGCCUGUGCUCAUGCGUAACAAGAAGACUGGUGAGAUGAUUACGGAGGAAGAACUCGCGGCUAUGGCGAAGGAAGCUAAGAAGCGAGACGAUAGUGAGGACUGGAAGGAGGAGAGGGACCGGAAUUCUGAACGCAGCGAGCGUGAUAAAGACCAUCAUCGGGACCGUGACCGAGAUAGAGACAGUCGGCGUCUGGAGUACGAUGACACUUAUCGGUAUGAGAGCCGGCGGAAUGGUUCAUCACGGAGAGACAGGAGUCGGUCAACAAGUGAUCGGCAUUCUAGGCGACGAAAAUAUGAGGGUGACGAUGGCGAUAGGCGAGACGAUCGAUAUUAUCGUGACCGAGACCGCGAGCGUCGUUCAGACCCCGUUAGAGACCGAGAUCGGAACCGGGAUCGAAAGAGCAGAUAUUACGAUGAUGACAGGAAUAGUUCAUGGUAUUCAUCAUCGACUGCCUCCAGCAAGCAGCGGAAUCGGGACAGAGACAGGGACCGAGAUAAUGAUCGUGAUUCCCGUCGACGGAAGUAGAUGGAAGAAUAUCGCACUCCGCUUAGGACAAAUACUUCGUCCUCAGUUUAUUGUUUGUUACCUUACGUAUAACGAUGAAUCUCAGCAUUUCAUCUUG